AUGGCUGAAGAAACCGAUGUUGGUAUCACCGUUCGCAAGGUAGCAGAGGAAUUUCUGAAGCUAAAGACGGAAUACGAGCACAAAAACAACUAUGCAUGCCAGAGCAUUCUCGAGAAGAUAAAGCGGAAACUCAUUUCGCUGCCGACGUUUCUUAACCCCACAGCGCAGAGCCGGACGCGUGCGGAGGAGCUCAUGAUCACUCGUGAAGUGCUGGAGCACGGUGUCUUAGUGAGUGCGCGUCUCGGAGACCUCGACAGUUUUGAGCUUUACUUUAACCAACUUAAUGUGUAUUACACUGACAUUGCUAGCGCAGAGCUUCCUGAGUCCCCGUUAUACCUGCUUAUCCUUGGUCUCAACUUGGUGCGCCUGCUGGUUCGCAACCGCAUUGCGCAAUUUCACUCAGAACUGGAGAAAAUACCCAACCAAAUUCACGGCACAAACACGUACAUUCGUUUCGCUGUUCUCCUUGAACGUUACUUGAUGGAGGGAAGCUACAAGAAGCUCCUCAAUUCACGUCAUCAAGCCCCUUCCAAUGAGUAUAUUCCUAUCGUGGGAAUGCUGGAAUCCACAGUGCGGCAGGAGGUGGCGGAGUGCAUUCCCCGCUCCUACAACACACUCUCUAUAGACAAGGCACAGAGGAUUCUUAUGGUGGACUCGGAGGAGGAAGUGAGACAGAUUGGUCGGACCCACAAUUGGCACCUCAGCGCCGACGGUCGCAGCUUUGUAUUCACACGCGAGGAGGAUCUAGCUAGGAGGGAAGUUCCAUUUGAAGAAAUGCUGAAAAAUCACUUACAUUUUGCGGCUGAGCUGCAACGCAUUGUGUAG